AUGGUUUUACACUCUCUAUGUCUCUCUCCCUGUCCCUCCAACAACAACCUUAUCUUCAGAAGGGAUUUGAUGCUGUUAGGCCUCACUUCACUAUCUCUAACAUGCCUUCCAAUUUCUGCUACUCAUGCUGAAGAAGAACAACAAGACCCCAAAAUGGCUUCUUUUGUAGAUGAAAUCAAUGCCUAUUCUUAUCUUUACCCUGUUGAGCUUGCUUCUAAAAAAAUUGUCUUCAAAUGGGUAGAAUCUCGAAAGCCAGAACGAUACUCAUCAGCUGCACCACUUUCUCCUAAUGCUCGGCUGCGUAUUGUGUCUGAACGUGUUGAUAUCUUUGACAAUCUCAUCAUUUCGGUCACGAUAGGCCCUCCAAAUGCAAGCCUUAUAAACUUGAAGGAUAAGAGCAAAUGGACUGCAAAAGAUGUUGCUGAUUCAGUUUUAGCUGACAAAUCUUCACUGCGAGUUACCUCAACUGAGCGCUCUGCCGAGAGUUCAGUCCUCGACGCACAUACUGAUGAAAUUGAUGGUGAACCGUAUUGGUACUAUGAAUACCUUAUCCGUAAAUCGCCUAAUACAAUGUCUGAAGAAUCAGGAAUUUACCGACAUUAUCUCGCUUCAACAGCAGAAAGAGAUGGUUAUCUGUACUCGAUCAGCGCUUCAACCCUCAGUCCACAGUGGAAAAAAAUGGGGCCUUUAUUUCAACAGACAGUGAGUUCGUUCCGCCUUGUCAGUCCAACAGAAAAUUAUGUUCCUCCUUUCAAAGAUCCCUGGAGAUUUUGGUGA